UGACUUGCAACUUGUGUCUGAUGGAAACGCCAUUUCCGCGUUGCGGCCCGCCGGAAGGCGUCCAGCGGACUGAAAUGGGUAAGCUCAGCCGCAGAGAUAGCAUGGGGAACGAGGAAGAAGGGGAGUCAACUCGUUUCGAAAGCAGGGAAGAGUUAUGAUUGGACAUGUGUUUGACCUCUCUCUUGAUUAAUUCAAAAAUGCUUCAAAUAUCACAGAGUGGACUAGCGAGUCGCCGACUAGGUCCACUUUUGUUAUUUUUAGUCGACUACGGCUAUUAAGUCCGCCGUUGUUCUUACGUUUAUACGAUGAGGAUAAGAAUUAAAUUGUGUCAUCGCUCCUUACAGACACUCUUUAAGAACAGCACAACGGCGUGCAGAGCUGGAGAUGCCAUUUACUCGUGCCUGCUUUCUUGGCCACGGUGAGGUUGUGAAGGUGUUUUUGCGGUUCUUUGAAGAGACCGUAGAGCUGCCACUCGGACACGAUACGGGUGAAGAUGAGUACAGUUCGGUUCCACCGUCAGAUCUGGUAUCCGACUCCCUCGCGUCCAGUAACCCCUAUUCAGCGCCCAUCAAGGAGCGGCCGCCAAAA